GCAGAAGAAGAAUGACGUCAGAUUUGGGUCACGGUGAAGUCACAUGAAGCAUUUCUAGCAUAAUAACAUUUCCAUCUCGUUUUUGCAGAUUAUUUGUCAAACAUUACUAUUAAACAAAGUAAUAGGUAGUUAACCAAAACGAUAAAAGCAUGGAUGAGGACGGUUUACCGAUUGUGGGAUCUGGAAUAGAUCUGACCAAGGUCCCAGCCAUACAACAGAGGAGAGUCGUUGCCUAUCUCAACCAGUUCAUAGUGCACACUGUCCGGUUCCUCAAUCGUUUUUCGACAGUUUGCGAAGAGAAACUUGCUUCCAUAUCUCUUCGGAUACAGCAGAUUGAAACUACCCUCAGCAUUUUGGAAGCAAAGCUAUCCUCUAUUCCUGGUUUGGAGGACGUCAGGGUGGAGGGUGUUGGUCAGCGGCCAGCUACAGAGGCCAACGGUCCAGUCGCAGUCGUGGUCCCAAGUCAACCAGAGACCCCUAUAGCUGUGGCUGUGCCAUUGCCACCUUCUGAGGUAGCCCAUACACAAAAAAAUGCCUCUCCAAGCAUACCAGAACCAAGACCAGCCGAGGCAGCAGGAGAGUGUUGGAUGACUGUGGCCAAGGAUCCACGCUAUGCCAGAUAUCUCAAGAUGGUGCAAGUGGGUGUUCCAGUUAUGGCGAUAAAGAAUAAAAUGGUCCAGGAAGGUUUGGAUCCCAACCUGCUUGACACACCAGAUGCACCUGUGCCUGAUGCAGGCAAAAAGAACACAGUGGAUCAAGAUGAUGACAGCGAUGAUGGCAGUGAGUCAUCUUUCAGCGAUUGAUCUGCUGUCUUAGCCAUGAAGCUGCCUAUAGGGAACUUCCUUCCCUGUCAUCUGUACUCCAGGCCUUUUGUACUGUGCUGCUGCAGGUGCACAGAAGGACUAGAUGCCAGUGUGUGCUUGACAGGCAGAACUACAGUGCUACCAGACAGAAAGUCCCACUUCUGUGGAUGAUCUGCAGGGAUGCAUGGGACUUACAAAAACAGGCACAUUGUUCUGUAGCUGAAAUGCUUUGUAGGUUGAGUGAAUGUCAACGAGAAAGAGCUGAGAAUGUCUGUAUCCAGGUCAGCCACUGACCUUUUUGUGGAUGUUAUAUUUUUGUGGCCAUUUCUUUUCCUGACACAUUUGAUUGUUCAUGGACAUGAUGUUUCUUUAUUUACAUAGUUUAGCAGUAAAACACAUGGAAUCACAACCAUGGAAAGUACUAACCAGAUAAUCGAUUAGUAAUUUAUCAUUAUUUUCUUUAGUCUGCACUGGGCAAACAUGCCUCUGCCCCAUGCCAGUAUCAUGUGAACAUUCCAAUGCCUUUGAAAGAGAUCGUGGGGCGGCAGGCAGCCUAGCGGUUAAGAGCGUUGGGCCAGUAACCGGAAUGUUGCUGGUUGGAAUGGUCUGUGCCCUUGAGCAAGGCACUUAUUGCUCCUGUAAGUCACUCUGGAUAAGAGUGUCUGCUAAAAGACAAUGUAAUUGUGCUUUAGUCUCAUUUUGUUUUAUUAUUUUGACAGUGAUGUCUGCAUGUGACACUUGUGAGUGGGUGAUAUGUUGUGUGUAUCUCAACAUUUGAUGGGUACUUUUUACACAACAACUGCUAUAUGAAGAAUGUCAUGCAGAAAUAUUGAGGACUGUUCUCUGGACUAUUCGUCAUUUAUAAUUGAGACAUUGAGCUGUUGAAAUGUAACUGUUCCUGGAGUGAACAAUGUGAAGGACAAAUUAACAAAAUUGCACUUUUGGGUAUAUACAUAAUGAAAAAAACACCACUAGUUGUGAGCAAUGUUUCAAUUGCAAUGGUACUGUGUAGGCUAAAAUAACAGUUGUACCUAAUGUGAAUUCAUCUCAGAAUCUUGUAAAAGGAUGUAUCUUAACCCAAGAUCUAACCAGGUUAGCAAGCCUUUCAGUCCCUUGGAUCCCACUGUUGUGAAGGCAUUAUGCCUUGGCCUUAAAGUCGACAGUUUUAUACAACAUCCCGUAUCCAAACAAAUGCUCAGAGAUCCAAUUCAUCUUCACAUUGUUUUUAGUUGUCUCUGGACAGAACACUGCAGUGAUGGAUUCUUUCAAUUGAUUGUGAAAGAGGGUAAAUGGAGAGGUUUUAGAAGACUGGAAAGCACUUUGUUCAAAAGCGCAAGGCAAGCAGCAUUGAGAUCUGAGUGUUUAUGCAGUUUAGCCUGAAAAAUAAAGAACACAU